AGCUUCUUUCCUUUGGCCCUCAGUGAAGUUGUGAUUGCGUACUCGCAAUGGGGCGAGGCAAGGGCAAAGGCAGCCAUGGAAGUGGGUAUGGGAGGUGCAAGGGAAGUUCCAAGGGGAGUGGUGGCAAACAUUCUGUAUUACCUGAACUCGACAGCAGUUUUCUGUCCCACACUGAGCUUGAGCCUAAGAUCCACUUCCUGGCCAGCUAUUCAUACACCGAAAAGAGCAUGGACUCUAUGCGGGUGGUUUCUCCAGCGUGGCCUGUGCGCAAGAUCUUGUGGCAAGGGCAGCGAUCCGUGCACAUCGACUUGUCCCUGGCUCGAGGGCUUUCAAGGCUGCAGUUGGCGACGGGGGCGUUCCAGCUUACCCCGGACUUCACUCGGGUGUUGGGCUUGGCGAGUGCGCAAUCUGCCCUGGAUUUUGCGGGGCCCAACUCGGAUGUGGUGGCCGCCUUGUUGGUUCUCAAGACCAUGAUGGAGUUUCAGCCACUGAAUGGCCAAGAGGUGUUGCGGGGCAUAGAGGACAAGGCUCUGAAGUUUUGCUGUUCCUCGCUGCAUCUUCUGCCAGAGGAAGUGUUGCAGGCAAUAGCAGAAUUGAAGGGUCCCACUUUUGAAUGCUUGCCCGGCCGGGAGGCUCUUCUCGAAAAUUUUGAGGCAAGAGACAGGUGGAGCUUCUACGAGCUGCAGGUUCGCCUGAUUCCUGAAGCAUGGCGAGAGACAGCGAGAGCCAGCAUUUUCUGCGCUCGCUACUUCCUGGUGGACUUGGCAUCUGCGCCUUUGGAUUUCUUCGAGGUUGACAAGAGCUAUCGGCUCUUGCGACAAGGCGACCUGAUUUUUGUGGCUGCAGCCAGCGAGUCGAAGGACAGGAUGUCUUCAGGCAGGGAUGCCCUGCGGCAGGGGCAUCACUUCGAAGCCAGCAUCGUGUCAGACCACUGGCUCGAGGAGGACCAUCUCAUAACUUGCUUGGAGCUGGGGGACGUGCGUGCCAUAUACUCAGCCGCGCCGGAUGCUGUGGACCCUCGCUGGAGCCGGGAUAAUUUUUUUGGCAGGGGGGCUUCGAGCUAUGCUGGGCUGGGCUACGAGGCUUGUGAGGUCCUACCGCCAAUUAUGAGCAACGGGUGCCAGGUGAAUCCCAGCUGCGAGCUUUUCCAGGCGCAGCCUGGGAGAACAGCGGCGACGGGUGUUCAACCGCAACACUUUGUGGAGGUCAAGAAGACCACCCACUUGAACGGGAGGCCUGGGUUGUUCAAGAAGCUCAAGUUCUACGCACAGGCGAAGCUCAUGAACUGUGGAGGUGUGGUGGUAGGUCUCACAGACGGCUCCGAGGGCGACACAGUCCUGGCCGUGGAGUACUUCUCCGUGGAGGACCUCGUGUCUGCCGUGGGCGCCGGGCUCUGCCGCCGCAUGUGGGCCACCCUGGCGGAGCUGCUGCGCCGCGUGCGCCGCGAGACGCGCGCAACGGGCGCGAGCGCUACGAGCGCUUGGGGCGCGUGGACCGUGACGCUGCGGAAGGACCGGGGCUGUGCGCCGGUGGAGCUGCGCGUGACCCAAGGCUGGGGCGAGGGCGAGGGCGAGGGCGGCGCCGGCAUGGCGGAGAGGCUCCAGCAGGUGGCCCAGUACUUGGAAGGUUGCUGACAGCAGCUUGGACAUGCGCUGAGCACAGGCUGGGGCGUUUCCCAUCAAACUUUCUGAAACGGUUUGAUCUGGAGAUGAGCAGAGGCACGGGCGAUUGCAUGUGCAGAGCGGCAGACAU